UACAACAAAACCAAAGUGCUGCAAAAACAGAACCAACACUUUGCUGCUACUUAGUACUUACAACUAAACUAAACUCCUCUCUCUCUCUCUCUCUCUCUCUCUCUCUCUCUCUCUCUCUCUCUUCGACUUUCUUCCAUUGGGAUACGCAAUUUGCUACGCCACUCUCCUAUCUUCUUUUUGCACAUCGCUUCUUCUAAUCUUCGUUCAUGCUGCUCGCCGGAGCAUCUUGUGUUGUUUCCCAAACCUAGUUGCACUCUUGUCGGUUGCAUCUCAGAUUGUGACACCACCGCUGCAGAUUAGUGCUCUUAUUGAGUAUAUCUAUAGCUUCCUUAGUGCUCUAUAAACCCCAAGGUGAAUAGCUCAUCUCAUGCUCCUCCAGCUGUUUUUCUUUUCAGAGCACACCUAAUCUCUCACUUGCUUACUCUGAGGUUUGAACUGGCUAGAUCCCUAAAGUCGAUAUCUUUGGUCGUAGCUCAAAUCAGUUUUCCAAUGGAUAAUCAUUCUUUGCCGCCGAGCACUAGCACCACCGGACUUGCGUUUCCAUCUUUGGUGGCUGGAGGAGUCAAACCUGAAGCUGCUUUGGUCAUGGAUUGGUCUGUUGAAGAGCAGUAUGUGUUGGAGAACGGCCUUGCAAAGUUGAAAGAUGAACCCAAAAUUUCGAAGUAUGUAAAGAUUGCUGCAGCUCUACCAGAUAAAACUGUAAGGGAUGUAGCUCUGAGGUGUAGAUGGAUGACGAGAAAACGGAGAAAAAGAGAGGAAAACAGUGCUGGGAAGAACAUUACAAAUAGAAAGGUGGUGGAUACAUCCCCAGAAUUGAACAUGCUAGCCAGUUUGCCACAACAAAAUGCUUUAUAUGCCAUGAACAAUAACUACCACAGUACACACAUGCCUUUUGAAGGUAUAAGUGAUGCAGUAUUGGAUCUUCUCCAGCAAAACGCUCAAGCUUUUAGUCAAAUUUCAUACAACCUCUCUGCCUUCAAGCUGCAGGAUAACAUCAGUCUCUUUUAUCAGGCAAGAAACAACAUCAGCGCCAUUCUGACUGACAUGAAGGAGAUGCCUGGUAUCAUGAGUCGGAUGCCGCCUCUACCUGUUUCAAUCAACGAUGAUCUUGCAAGCCGUUUAUUGCCGAGUACACAACAGCCAAUAUCGUACACCAUGCAACCAAACAUCCACAUGAAGCAAGAGCCGAGAAGUUGAUGGAAGAAAGAUGGAUUUUCACCGAUGCUAAAGAAAAUAGCACAAGUACCUGGUUAAGUGGCAAUGUUUCCGUGAUGAUCGACAUGGCACAGACACACGAGGGUUUAUCAACUGCAGACACUGCUCCAGAACAAAGACGAGAUCUGACACUCGGCACUGGUAUAACAGUUGAGCUCUCGGGUAGUUUGACUGAGAAGAAUGAACUACAAGCCAAGGUAAAAAAGUCUUUGGCCUUCAGUAGAACAUAAGAUGAUUCCUUGAAAGUCAUAACAGAGUUCCGGCAUGGGUUGAUGGAGCGCUGAUGUAAUCUUGUUGAUGUUUAAAUCAGUAUAGUGAACAGUUAGUUCUUUUGAGUUUGGUCUUGAGAGGCUGCUUUUGUGUAAUACACAUGCUCCUUGCCUUGUUGCACUGAAUAUAAGACCUUCGGUUCUAGAGAGAGACUUCUUUAAAAAAGUUUUUGUAUUCCGGAAUCUCUAUUUUAUAUUGGACCGGGUCUGCUAUUUAACCU